CAGGCGCCUCAGGCAGCCCCCUGUGGCUGGCGUCCUAUCAGCCGGCGUCUCCCCGCCCCCGCCCAUUAUUGGUCGCCUCACGCUGCCCCCCGCUUCCCCCCCUACAGACCGCCUGGUGGAUCCGCCCGGAAGUGCCGCCAUUUUGGAUCCUCUGUGCGCAGGGAGACGGCAAGAGGAGCGUGACCCGGAGACUGAGAGCGGCACCAAUCUGAAUAUCGGGGUCUCCAGAGCUCCGGGCCACUCUAACGAAUUCAGAGAACAUUGAUGGGGGCAAAUUAGACAGACCAUGGCUUCAUUUAAACUUGAUUUCCUGCCUGAGAUGAUGGUGGAUCAUUGCUCUCUGAAUUCCAAUCCUGUAUCCAAGAAGAUGAACGGCACCAUGGACCAUCCAGACCACCCGGAUCCCGACUCCAUCAAGAUGUUUGUGGGACAGAUUCCUCGCAGCUGGUCAGAAAAAGAGCUGAGGGAGCUGUUUGAACAGUAUGGUGCCGUGUAUGAAAUUAACAUUUUGAGAGAUCGAAGCCAGAAUCCUCCACAGAGUAAAGGUUGUUGUUUUAUAACUUUCUACACACGUAAAGCAUCGUUAGAAGCACAAAAUGCUUUGCAUAACAUGAAGAUUCUUCCUGGGAUGCAUCAUCCAAUCCAGAUGAAGCCAGCUGACAGCGAGAAGAAUAAUGCUGUUGAAGACCGAAAGUUGUUUAUUGGAAUGGUGUCCAAGAAGUGCAAUGAGAAUGAUAUCCGGGUUCUGUUCUCCCAGUUUGGGCAAAUAGAGGAAUGCAGAAUUCUGCGGGGACCUGAUGGGUUGAGCAGGGGUUGUGCAUUCAUCACAUUUUCAACUAGAUCUAUGGCACAGACUGCAAUCAAAUCCAUGCACCAAGCACAAACCAUGGAGGGCUGUUCCUCUCCAAUUGUCGUAAAGUUUGCAGACACACAGAAAGACAAAGAACAGAAGCGAAUGACACAACAGCUCCAGCAACAGAUGCAGCAAAUAAAUGCAGCUUCUGUGUGGGGGAACCUUGCAGGACUGAACAGUCUGGCACCACAGUACUUAGCACUUUAUUUGCAGCUCCUCCAGCAAUCAGCCACGUCCAGCAACCUCAACUCCCUGAGUGGCCUCCAUCCCAUGGGAGGUGAGUACUCCACCGAGACAACAUCAGGACUCAGUGCCAUGCAGAUACAGAACUUGGCAGCUUUAGCAGCAGCUGCCAGCGUUGCACAGAACCCAGCCAGUGCGGGCUCCGCACUCACUACUUCCAGCAGUCCUCUCAGCAUCCUGGCCAAUUCUGGGUCAUCCCCCAGUUCAAAUAACAGCUCAUCAGUGAACCCCAUGGCUUCUCUUGGAGCCUUACAGACUCUGGCAGGAGCAACUGCUGGCCUAAAUGUUGGUUCUUUAGCAGGGAUGGCGGCAUUAAAUGGUGGGCUGGGCAGCAGUGGUCUCUCCAAUGGCACUGGUAGCACUAUGGAAGCUCUAAGUCAAGCUUACUCUGGAAUCCAGCAAUAUGCUGCAGCAGCACUGCCUUCACUCUACAAUCAGAGCCUAUUGUCACAGCAAGGCAUAAGCGCUGCAGGGAGUCAGAAAGAAGGUCCAGAGGGUGCAAACCUCUUCAUAUACCACCUGCCCCAAGAGUUUGGUGACCAAGACAUCCUGCAGAUGUUCAUGCCAUUUGGAAAUGUUGUGUCCGCCAAAGUUUUCAUUGAUAAACAAACGAACCUCAGCAAAUGUUUUGGUUUCGUGAGUUAUGACAAUCCAGUUUCCGCUCAGGCUGCUAUCCAGUCAAUGAACGGCUUUCAGAUCGGAAUGAAACGCCUGAAAGUCCAGCUUAAACGCUCCAAGAACGACAGCAAACCAUACUGAACUGUACUGCCCUGGGAAGUGAGCGAGAAGGAUGUUCUGAUCCCUUCCUGCCAUUUGUCCAUCAUUGUGCCUCUAAAGCAUGUCGGUGUGGCGUUCAAGUACAUCGUCCAAAUCCUUGUUUCUUCAGCUUCUUUGAUGCUUGAACUCUCACCUCUGAACUUGUGUUGAUCUUUUUUUUUUUUGAUGCUAUUGUGUAUAUUUUACCAUGUUGUUGUGUUUUUCUUUUUUCUCUUUGUAUGUUUUUUUUUUUUUUCUUGCGUGUUGCCAAAUUGGCUUUGCUUCAAAGACUGCGAAGAGGGACACAAUAUUUAAAAAAAAAAAAAAAAAAAAACAACUCGCAUUUGAUUAUUGAAAACAAAAUAUAUAUAAAUCUAUUUUUCUAGAAAUUCAUAAGAUAACCACUUAAUUUUGGGACUUUGUACCUAAUAAUCUUUUGAGCAGGUCUAACUGGCACACUGUUUAAUAUUCGUCUUUUUUUUUUUCCCCGUUUGUUUGUACCAACCAAAAUUUCAAUCUGUAUGUCCUCUCUACUUGAGCUUAGGGGGCUUCUUUUGUGUUAUUUUAUUUUUUAACUAAAACCUUGUAACUAAUUGGAAUCUCUCCAAAAGAGUCACAUUUUGCUGUUUACAGAUAUAAAUAUAGUUUUUUGUUUUUUUUACAAUAUGGAGUGUGGCAACUUUGUAUUCUGUGCCCCAUUCACAGAGCACCUACAUUCAUACCGGAACCUGUGCUUCUAUCUGCCUACUAAAGUUCCUUUCUUUUUGGGGAGGCUCUACUGACUCUAUAGCAAAAUGUGACCGCUUUUGAUUUCUCUUUAAACUGUGCCAAAAACAAAAAACUACUUUGCCUUGUCCUGUACAUUUCUGUUAAUCAUCUAUGCUCAGUUUAAUACACACAGUAUGUCCCUGUUUGGGGGGCAGUCGCUGAGUCCAUAGAUUUUGUGUUUUAGAGGUUAAAAAGAACAAAGCGGGGGGUGUAAAACAUAAUUUUAAAGAAAACUGUUUAGCGUUGUCCUUUUUAAUUAAUUUUUUGUGUGUGUGUGUUGACUAGAUGUGCAGUUAUAAGGUAUCUGGGCUGUGUGUUCAGGCUGCUCUGGAGAUUCCUGCCCCGACAUGCAGGGUAGCUGUGCUGUAUAACAGCAUGGCAUGUUUUGGUUGGCACCAUAAUGAUUAACCAAUGGGUGACCUUCAGAGGUCUUCCUGAAGCCCCCCAGUAUAAUGUUUUCCUUAGAAGAUCCUGACGUACAGGCUGUUGUAUAUUUAGCAAGCGCUGUAACCCGACAAAAAGGCCUUGUGUACCAACAGUAGAGG